AUGGCGAUUGAAGAUCACGAGAACCCAAAUCGAGAAAUCAAGCCUAAGAACAACAGACGAAUCAUGGGAGCUGGUGGAGUAGAGGAAGAAGAGAAUAGAUGGCCUCCAUGGCUAAAACCUUUACUGAAAGAAAACUUCUUUGUUCAAUGCGAGUUUCACAGUGGCUCAUCGAAAAGGGAAUGCAAUAUGUAUUGCUUAGACUGCACCAAUGGCUCGCUUUGCUAUACAUGUCUUGCGCACCACAAGGAACAUCGUAUCAUUCAGAUAAGGAGAUCAUCUUACCAUGAUGUGAUAAGGGUCAAUGAGAUUCAGAAGUUUUUGGACAUAAGAAGUAUUCAGACAUAUGUGAUCAAUAGCGCAAAAGUUGUCUUUCUGAAUCAGAGGCCUCAGCCUAGGCCUGGUAAAGGGGUAGGGGCUACUAGUGCUUGUAAGGUCUGUUAUCGUGGCCUUGUCGACGAUUGCUUCUGCUUCUGCUCUCUUGGCUGCAAGGUCGCAGGAACAUCUAGUAGCUGUGAGGAGAAGAGAGUGAAGCAUACACCAAUGGAAUCAGAGAACUCAAGCAACAGUUCAGGAGUAGACAAUAACAUUUCAAAUCCGCAGAGUUUGAGCCCAUCAACACCUCAAGUUCCUACUUUUAGCUCAAAGCGACGAAGGCCUAGAAAGGGAAUCCCUUACCGAUCUCCACUGCAAUGA